AUGAAAAUACAUUUAAUAUUAGUUCUUCUAAUAGCAGUCAAUACUCAAUCCUUUUUGGAAGAGUCUGCAUUAUUACACUAAACUCCUUUUGCUCCCAUAAUGAUCUAAGAAGAUGUGUAGUAAUAAGAGAUUGAGACAGCUGUAGCUCCAGAAUAAGAAUAUGUUUAUGAUCCAGAAUCAGUCUUAUAAUCUGCUAAAGAACAAUAAAUUUUAAUAGCUAGAAAUUAUGAGUAAAAUUUACCAGCUAAAGGUGAUUGUAUAAUUUUGUAUUCUGAAUGCAAUUUUAGAGGAUCAUCAUUCAAAUACUGCAAUUAACCAGAUGAAGUUUUAUCAUUUUAACUUCCAAUUUAAUCUGUCUAUGUUCCUAUUGGGUAUUAAUUGUAUUUAUUAAGAUCAUCAUUCUAAAUGACUGAUGCAUAAGAGGGAAAUAAAGUUAAUAUGUUAAUGAGUCAUGAUUGUAUUCCAUCAGGCUUACAUUUACCAGAACCUCAACUUUAAGAAGUCUAAGAGUCUGGUAACAAUUGGUUUAGUGAAUUAAAAGAUUCUGAAAAAGCCAUAUUAGAUGAAGGUGAUUUAUCGACACCAAAAAUUUAAUUCUUUGAUAAUGAUGGAAAUGUGAUCAGUAAAUUUUCUUAUGAUUAUUUCAUCAGGUAGAGAACAAUAUUAAAAAAUGGUUGAAGAAGAUGCCAAGAGAUCUUAUGAAAUCUUAACUGGAUAAUCUAAUUUAUCAUCACCAGGAGAAGAAUAACCAUAAUAAACAGCAACUGCUAAUGUUUAAGAAAUGCCAGUCGAAAAAGAAGCUUAAUAAUAAUGAAAAUUAUUAAAAAAUUUUAGAC